AUUUUCGGGUGAUUACUUUGCCGCGCAAUGCGCAUGGGCUAUUUGGAAAGACCAUGUUCCAUGCGUUCACCGGUACCACUACAUCCGGUAGUAGACGUAAAAUACUACCCGGGCAAAACGCCAGCGUUUUCGACGCCUCUGGCUCGAGAUAUCAGCUCGAUAGCUCACAUUGGUGCUCAUUGGACACUGGUACGGUGGGUUGGUACCAUACGUACAACGUUAGACUGAAUGCGGUUGUACAUCGGCCAGCUAUCUGGUCAGUAUUACUGCGAGUCACUACUGUUGGAGAAUUUGAUUUUCUACUGGUUAUAGAACCAGUCAGUCCAUUCGAUAGUCACUACAGUAUAAACAGAAAUACGGUGAUAGAUAGUCCUUUCUUUCUUUUUCUCCCCUUUCCUAAUCCUUCCCGGUGAUUCCACAUAACUAUGUCACGGAGGAAACAGGAUCGGCCCCAACCAUGUCGGACAUCAAUACCAGGGUUGGCUGAUUCGCCUAUGGAUACGCUUGUCUGUGGCAUGUGCCAAGCAGAGUUUCCUCUUGGAGAUAUCUGUAGUUUUAUAAAGCAUAAGGUGGACCAUUGUGAUAAGGAGAACUUUACUAAUCAGUUAAAGGAUUCAACAAUAACGCCAAGCCUUAGCCGAAACAUGUCAUCGCCAGUUAUAUCGCGGGAUGCUUCCCAAGCGCGUCCUCACAGUAGCCAGGGAAGUCUGGUGACCAGUGACAAUGAAAACUGUGCCGAAGAAGAGCACGAUCAUCCAAUGAAUUUAUCUCGAAAACGUGAAGCCCAAGACCUCGUCUGUCUUGGUUGUCGUCAUUCCUUUUCUCAUGCGCUGGAUUUAUUGAACCAUCUGCAGUCCGAGCAUCGUUUAACGUUAUUCACCCGCAGUCACGAUAUGUCCAGCAGUAAUCAUCCGUCAAACUGCAGUUCUAACGGCGGCACUCGCUUACUGCAUCGUCACGAACCACUGAGCGCUGAUUCACGGUACAGCAACUGGAAUCCACGAAACUGGAUGCCCGGGCGCGGUCCAUUCGACGCCGACGGGAGCAGCUCCAGCGCGGCCGGUGGAGUUCCCACCUGGGGUGGGGUGCUGGUAUCGGAGCCGGGUGCUGGUCGUACGCUGGGUGAUGUGGGUAGCGAAGGUGGCGAACCCGUUUCGGGGGAUCAUAAAGAGUCGUCUGAAAACCGCGAACAUCCGGCCGCCAAGUCGGGAUCCGGAGAAAAAGUUCGCCAAUGUCCGCACUGCUUCAAGACAUUCAGAUUUCAUAGCAAUCUCGUCGUUCACAUUCGGUCGCACACUGGAGAAAAACCCUACAAAUGCGGUCAAUGCAGCUAUGCGUGCAAGCAGGCCAGUAAACUGAAGCGACAUAUGAAAGUCCACAAUAACAGUUCGUGGUCAUCGCGCGGAACCGCUGCUGGUCUGAAACAGGAGUCCGACGACGAUGCGGCCAUGGAGUCAGCUGAAGAGGACGAUGAGGGUGAUGCGUCGAAACCGGCGCUACGUAUCAACGAUGAAAUGGCAGAUGAUACUGGGGAAGCCUCCAGUGAACCCGAUACAUCAUCGGGGAAGGUGUUGAAGAAAUUCAACGGACAUGAAAAUCGCAAGAAUCGGGCCGGUGCUCUGGCGCCCCGCUACCGCCCAUACGGCCCGUCCAUGGUUGGCAUGCUGAAUCGCGAUCUCUUUGAUAAUUCAUGGUAUUCUAGUCAGAAAAAAGGAUCUAAAAGGACUGCCAAAGACGGCAGUGUCGAUGGCGGAGGCAAAGCGAAGGCCGAUGCUAGUCAAGCCGGCGAAGCCCUGCAUAACGGUGAAGGCUCUGUUGAGCCGGAGGAAGAGGACGAGGAGGAUGACGAUGACAAUUCGCCGAAAGGACCAUCCGGUGCAGUGGAUGGCCAAGAAGGCAGCGUCGAUGCUGAUGGAAAGAAAUCUCGGAAAGACGUGUGUGAAUUUUGUGGCAAAACCUUCAAAAACUGCAGCAACCUGACGGUUCACCGUAGAAGCCACACAGGUGAAAAACCAUACAAGUGUAAUUUCUGCGAUUACGCUUGCGCACAGAGCAGCAAGUUGACACGUCACAUGAAAACGCAUGGUCGUGCAGGGAAAGACAUCUACCGCUGUCGAUUCUGUAACACCCCAUUCUCCAUACCCAGUACGUUGGAGAAGCACAUGCGUAAAUGCGUAACCGUCCGCGGCUCCAUGACCGGAAUCACAGGUAUUCCGCCCUCGGCGGCCUUGGGCGAUGUGGAAUCGCUCAAGUGUAAGGCUACAGACGCAGAAUUCCCUAUGAUGCCCAGUCGGCGACAGGUGCGUGCUGAGCAGCGCCAUCAGAAUUCCGAGAAGGAAAAGAGCGUAGCGAAGGAAACGACGGGGAGUAUCGUGACACCUGCCAGUGCGGAGGCUACCAUGGUUGCCUCCCCCGUAAUGAAAGAAGAGAUGGUCUCUUAAACCCCGCAUUGAUACGUGAGGCACCGAGACUUCAGUUUUUUGGCACCUAGAGCAUUUUAUGUAUUUUGUGAAAGCACCCGCGCGCUUGCAGAUUGAUUUGUUGAUCGAAUGGUUUUAUUAUAUUGUAUUUACGUAGCAUGUAGUUCUAAAUGAUAUAAAGUUUGCUGUUCCCCCCAUUUUUGUGUGACCUGCCGGCUUUGGUUGUUAAUUUUGUGGUGUUUGGAGCGGUAUUUAGGGAUGUUGUGCAUUUAGUUGAUUUUCCAUGUUUGUGGUAAUGGUUGCAGCGAAAUUUGGAGUUUAUGUUUGUUUGCUUGUUUUCCGGCUACGUUAUACCUUAUUUCAUGCAUUUUUUGCGAAAUAUUAGCAGAGAAAUUUUGUGGUAGAAUGAAUGGCUUUUUCACUUUUGGUUUUGGUGGAUGGUUUUCUCUGGGUUAGCGUAUUUGCUUCUCCGAUUCCUGCUGAAAGUCUGGUCACUAUUGCUUUGCACACGGGUUGACUGUAUUCGCUACUGCGUGUAGUGCUUAAGAAAUAAAUGUACAAUCAGAGCACCAUUUUUGUUAAUGUACAAUACUUGUAUAAUUUGUGGCGGUUUGUAUAAGCCGUC